AAAGUGUUAAGCUUUCCAGAGAUUCAGAUUGUAUGUAAAAUAUUGGAAGCGAACACCGACCGGAUUUAUGCUGCAGCAUCAUGAUGACCACUAUUUUGAAGAAAGCCGCAAUUCCUCUACAUCGACAUGGCAGAAGUUUUCUACAGUCAUUAACUAUACACAAAAAUCUUCACAAAAUGCCAGUGACUAAUUUGGCAAAUACUCCCUCAAUAACAGAAACAGCAGAUAGAGGGAAAGCCGUAGAUGUCUUCACAAGAUUGAUGAAGGACAGGAUCAUUUGUUUGAUGGGAACAGUAACAGAUGAUGUAGCUGAAAAAGUGAUGGCCCAGUUAUUAUGUUUACACUUUGAGGAUCCAGAUAAACUGAUAAGAGUGUUCAUCAACAGUCCAGGUGGAAAGGUAUCUGCAGGUCUUGCCAUCUAUGAUACCAUGCAGUACAUUAACAACCCCAUAGCAACACUGUGUAUAGGGGAAGCCUGUAGCAUGGGCUCCCUCCUUCUCACUGCGGGUACAGAAGGCAUGCGAUACGCCUCACCACACUCCACCAUCAUGGUCCACCAACCGCUCACAUCAGGAUUACAGGGCUAUGUCACAGACCUCAAAAUUAUGGCUGCCAAUAUGAAGAGAACGAAGGAGCUGAUUCAGAAUCUGUAUGUUAAACACACAGGUCUGACACCACUGGUUAUAGAGCAAGCCUUGGACAGAGACAACUAUAUGACCCCACUUGAAGCCAAAGAAUUUGGAUUGAUUGAUGAGAUUUUAUGAAAUUUGAAUAUUUAUUAAAUGUUUAUGUAUGUUUUCAUUUGUGUAUAUUUAUGUAUUUAAAUAAAACUAUUUCUAGGAAG